GAGACGUAGUAGAAAUCUGCUUAUUGGAUCUGUCAAAUGUAAAUAAACAAAUUAGAAUAAUAAAUAGAGCGCUUCAAUUAUGACUGAUGUGGUGCGCGGUGAAGCUCCUGAAUCGGACGAGGAGCAAGACAAACAAGAGAUAUUCGCAGCUGAAGUUUCUGGAGAGGCAACUGAAGAGGAAGAAGAUGAAGACAUCUAUGAGAAGCCAAGCAGGGCGAGUGUAACUGCUUCCAUCUAUCGAAACAAUCUACUACAACGUAAACUAAUUGAGAGCAAUAUUGAUAUUUGGAGAUCGCUGACAGCGUUCACACGAAGUUUUGUGGUGAACGCAUCCAAACAGCUGUUGAACACGGAUCAAAUGCUCAUCAAAUCGCAGGUAUCCUUGCAAUCGGCACAUACAGCCUUGCAACAGGCUCAAAGGAACACAGCACAAUUGCAAUCCCGCACAUCGGCAGCAUUAACGAGCAGCUUUCUGCCCGUCAUCCAAAUAGAUUAAUCAACUCAACGCAAUUAGAACAAUGAAAUGGACAGUUUAUGAAAUUUGUUAUAAAUACAAACGAACAAAACUAGGCUAA